AGCUAGAGACAAACACAUUUUUUUUGUUAUCAGUAGAAAAGCUACAGACUAUUGCAACACCUUUCUACCUUUUUUUAUAAUGAGAGAUGGCAUUUUUUUCCCAUUUUGAAUAAUUUAGCCGUAUACUAUUGGAUAUACCAAGCAGCAGAUGUGGUUCCUCAUCAACAUGGUCACUUCUGAAAAUCUCAUUACACGAUCAACAUUGCUUAUUGUCGGCUUUGCCAUCAUCUACGUCGGAAACUCCUCAGCUAACAAGACAGAAAAGACAAAUUCGGCCACUCCAGCACCGAGUUACAUGACUACAUCUUCAGAUGGUAUCUUCACAGAUUCAAGUGCAGCAAAGCACAACGAUCAACAAUGUAAUCCCUGCUGUCAAGGAUCUCCCGGUGCAGCAGGCCUGCCCGGAAUGCCCGGAAAUGCCGGGCGGGACGGCUUCCAUGGGCGAGAUGGAAUGAGAGGAGAGCAAGGCAUUGUUGGACCUCCUGGGGUCAGAGGACAAGAUGGUGUUGACGGUGGAAAAGGGGAGAAAGGUGAGAAGGGUGACAGUGUGACUGUAGUUGGACCAACAGGGCUUGUCGGAGACGCUGGUCCAAGAGGAUUGAUUGGACCUCCAGGACCUGAAGGGGCUGUUGGAGACAAAGGUGCUCCUGGGAAUCAAGGUUGGCCUGGACCGGUGGGCCCUGUAGGAGAGCCAGGACCUCAAGGAAUGCCUGGCCAGAAGGGGGGUAAAGGUGAUCUUGGAAAUAAAGGAAACCGAGGCAUCAAAGGAAACAAAGGGGAAAGAGGGAUGGAUGGGAGACCUGCUCCUCCCAACGUGACAGGAGAGCCUGGUGAAGUCGGGAGACCUGGACCGAUGGGGCCAAAAGGAGAGAAAGGAGAGAGAGGACCUGUCAGCUUUGUGAGCUCACUAGGACUACAGGGACAGUUGACGAGUCCUGAAGAACUUGAGUUGAUGCGGGAAGGGUCCAAGGGACUGCGAGGUGAGCCAGGCCUGAAAGGAGAAAAGGGAAGUAAUGGAACCGAUGCAGAACCUGGGAAACAGGGACCGACCGGAAGGAAUGGGGUGAAGGGAGACAAAGGGGAGAGGGGUGACACAGGACCAGCUGGGAUGACAGGCGCAUCUGGUUCUCAAGGUGAAACAGGGCCAAGAGGGACCAAGGGGGAUCCAGGAUUGAAGGGAGAGGAUGGGAUGAAAGGAUCACAGGGCGAGAGGGGUUUAUCCGGGGAACAGGGUAUACAAGGGGUAAAAGGGGCUCCUGGGGAACUUGGACCACUCGGGGAGAUUGGAAAGCCUGGUUUAAAUGGAAGUAGGGGGGAAAACGGGGACAAAGGUCAGAAAGGAGAGGUCGGAGAAAUGGGUAUUCCUGGGUCAAAUGGUGAAAAUGGAAAACCAGGGUUAAAGGGGGAACAAGGAGCAAAGGGAAUGGUGGGUGAUACAGGUGCCAAAGGUGAGAAUGGUACUAUCGGGUCUAAAGGGGAGAUGGGGUUGCAUGGGGUGAAUGGGUCAAAGGGUGAUCAAGGGCCUAUUGGACCAAGUGGAGACAAAGGGAUGAGAGGUAUCGCAGGACCAAGGGGGCCACCUGGAGAUAAGGGGACUGUGGGGAUUGUUGGCCAAAAGGGUGCAAAGGGGGAACAGGCUCGUCCUGGAAAAAAGGGGGAUAUUGGGCCUGUUGGAGUGCUAGGAAAAGAAGGGGAGCCUGGGUUAAUGGGGAUACAGGGACCAAAGGGUGAAAAGGGUGAAGAGGGGCAAUGGGGUGAACAUGGUGCUAAGGGAGAUACGGGGGAUAGGGGAGGGAGGGGUAAGCAGGGACCUCCGGGGUUAUGGGGUACAAAUGGACCAAAAGGUAAUCAAGGCCCAGAAGGACCCCCGGGUCCUGCAGGCCCCAUAGGCCCACAAGGGGUGAAGGGUGACGUAGGACCAAGAGGGGUACAAGGUGACAACGGUGAGAAAGGAGAUCCUGGGGUGCAAGGAGCGAUUGGGAAAUGGGGUUUGAAGGGCGAGAUUGGGGGCCCCGGUGGUCCUGGACCGAAAGGUAGCAAGGGUGACGUUGGGCCAGCUGGUGGACCCACAGGACCUAAAGGGGAGCCAGGAAAGGAUGGAGUAGAUGCAGAGAAGGGUCAGAAGGGUGAAGCUGGGCAAAAAGGAUUAACAGGAUUCAUGGGUGACAUGGGGGAUAAGGGAGAUAAAGGAGAUCUGGGUAUUAAGGGGUUAAAAGGGGAGCUAGGUUUUAAAGGAGACAUAGGGAUGGUUGGACCUAUGGGGUUGAGAGGAUACAUCGGUAAUCCAGGGCUUACAGGUCCUGCAGGGGAAAAAGGUGAUAAGGGAGAAGGGGGUGUUGAUGGGAUCAAGGGGGAUAUGGGAUCCCUUGGGAUGCAAGGUGUUAAUGGUACAAAGGGGGACAAAGGACAGAAAGGGGAACUGGGGGAGAUGGGUAUUACUGGAGAAAAAGGCAACAAUGGGACAGAGGGACCUCCAGGAGCCCCCGGCCCAAAAGGGAGUGGCAAAAAAGGUGUCAAGGGGGAACAAGGUACUGAUGGGGAGAAGGGUGAGAAAGGGGAAAUUGGUGAACCAGGAUCAAAAGGACAGAGAGGAAUAUGGGGUCUAGAGGGGGUCAAAGGAACACAAGGUCAAACAGGGUUACCAGGGCUAACUGGGCCAACAGGUGAGAAGGGAGAAAAGGGGGAAUCAGGUGAUGUUGGAUCCAAAGGAGAUGGAGGACCUUCUGGGUCCCCUGGGAUUGGUAUCGUAGGACCUCCUGGAAUUCCAGGAGAGCCGGGAAAAUCAGUGGCCAUAGCUCCCUACCGCCAAUCCGCCUUCACGGCAAGGUACUAUCACAACAGAGUGGAUCUCAAUAAUCAACGGGUGCCGUUUGCUGUUGUUGUCUCCAAUGUUGGGGGGCACUUCCAAGGUGAUGCCUUCACCACCUCAACAGCCGGAACGUAUGUGUUCCAGUUCAAUCUUGAGUACGGGGAGGGGAUUCUGAAACUGGUCAAGAAGGGGGCAUCUGUUGAGUUGAUGUCCACAGAGCGGUCAGCGAUGGCUGCGGUUCAGCUGGACGUUGAUGAUCAGGUGUGGUUGGAGAUGACCACAGACGGAACGCCUCAAGCAUUGGCUGUUAACUUCAGUGGGUUUCUCCUCUAUGUUUCUUAACAGACUGCAGUUGAAAAUUCUCACGAAGGAUACACGUUGAAAAAUGAUUUAAAUUACUGCAAACUGCUACUGAUGUUAAGGAUGUAGGUAAAAAAUAUGUAGGUUUCUAAAUUAUAUUUUAUCGGUUGAUAUUCAACUUGUUUUACCACAAAAUGGAGGUUUCUCUUUUUUGCAUAUUUGUACAUAAGCUUUUAAUAUAUCUUAAACAACUUGUUUUGUUUUUUUGUAAAGUAAUAUUGACUCAUCACAGGCAUUUUCAAAUGAUCAUGAAUAAACUCGUCACAGCUUGCAGAGGGCGGGAGGCUAUUUUUCACAGUUUCCUACAACAUUAAAAAAAAAAUCAAUUUCUGCAAUUUUUACUACAUGCUUUUUAAAGGGGAAAAAAAGGAAGUUAAAGUCAAUGCCCUUUCUAUUUAGAAAGGAGCAUUAUCAUAGAGUUGUAAUGACUCGAGUCCAAAACUCGGCUUGAGUCCAACUCGAGUCACAAUUUUUGGUGACGUGACUUGACUCGACUCGAGUCCCAAUGGGUAACUGACUUGACUUGAUCACUGCAAGCAAAUGAAUCGACCUGAAUCGAUUCCCCUCAUCCGAAGACUCGACUCUAGUCGAAGGCUCAUAACACGCGAGUCCCAAAACUGUGGUACCGGCACAAUUUUUUAUGUUUGCGUACU